CCCGUCCGGUUCGGUUCGACGGAUCGAUCGAGAGCCGGGCUUCCUUCCGCGGGACCUCGCCAAAUCUCGAGUCCGGCUCCGAUCCACGUAUUUCCGGUCCCGUGCCAAAUUAGACCGCGCUUACUCAUCGGAGUCUCCCGUGCGUGCACGGGCACGCGCGCCGAUUGGCCGUCGCGACGCUCAAUGGGACUCGACGGUCGGCGGACGGCCGCGAAUUUCACGUGUUGACCCUUCCCGGCUCGAAUUCGCCCCGGGGGAUGGGACGCCGCCAUUUUGAGGAACCCCGCAGGGAGGAUGAACACCGACGUCCGAGAUCGAUCCAAAAUGGCGGACCAUCCGAUGCACUCGUCAUUGCUAAGGAGGGCCACCUAGGGACGCCAGCAUGAGAGGGAAACCGCAGGAAUCGGAGCCGAGCGGAGGGACCUUAAGGCAGUACACGAUUUACUCGUUGUACACGAGAAAAAAGCCGGUCUCCUCGCGAGGUGUGCCGGUCGUCGGGGGUGUGGUAAGAACGGGUCGAGGGGCCCUGGUGAGGACCCUGGCCCUGGUGUUCCUGGCGACGUUCCUCUGGCUCCAGCUACACGUGGUCAGCCUGACGGGCCGGUCUCUGCCAAACUCCUCGGCUGCCAAUGAGACCCUCUACGCCCUGGUGCCCCAGGAACUGCACAGGUACCUGAAGGACACCAGGAACGCGAGCGGCCUGGCGAACUCGACUUCCGGGACCCUGACGGAGCCAGAGAUCGCCGAGAUCCGGCGUAACAUCGAGAGGGCGAACAGCGAGCAGAAGAUCUACAACGAGGAGGCUUUCGGCCCCCUGGCUCCGGACGCCCCCGUCAUCGUGGUCCAGGUGCACGUGAGGCUGACCUACCUGCGGCACCUGAUCGUCUCCCUGGCGCAGGCCAGAGGCAUCGAACAGGCCCUGCUGGUCUUCAGCCACGACGUCUGGCACCCUGAGAUCAAUUACCUGGUCCAGAGCGUCGACUUCUGUCGGGUCAUGCAGAUAUUCUACCCUCACAGCAUACAGACCCAUCCGCACACCUUUCCCGGGGAGGACCCCAACGACUGUCCCAGGAACAUCCACAAGGAACACGCGCUGAACCUGAAGUGCAUAAACGCGAAGCAUCCGGACCUCUAUGGACACUACAGGGAGGCGAAGUUCACCCAGACGAAGCAUCACUGGUGGUGGAAGGCCAACCGAGUGUUCGACCAGCUGACCGUGACCAAGAACCACACGGGCAUGGUCCUCUUCUUGGAGGAGGACCACUUCGUGGCCGAGGACUUCCUCCACGUCCUCAGGCUCAUGGAGCGCACCUGCAAGCACAGCUGCGAGCGGUGCAACGUGCUCUCCCUGGGGACGUACUUGAAGACCUACAGCUACUACGGCGAGGAGAGUCGCAAGGCCGAGGUUACGCCGUGGAUCUCCAGCAAGCACAACAUGGGCAUGGCCUUCAGUCGCGUCACCUGGAACAAGCUGAGGAAGUGCGCGGUGCAGUUCUGCUCCUACGACGACUACAACUGGGACUGGAGUCUUCAGCAUAUAGCUCAAGGUUGCCUUCCUCCCAGCAGAGGUGCAGGAGCUGCUCCUCGAAUCGACUCCGGCCUCGUCGCGAUGGUCAUGCGAGCACCGAGGGUAUUCCACAUCGGUGAAUGCGGCGUGCACCACAAGAAGAACAACUGCGAGUCCACGGCGGUGGUGGCGAAGAUGCAGAACGUCCUGAAGACGGCUCGUAACCACCUCUUCCCCUCGCAGCUCACGUUGACCGUGGUGGCGGUGGCCAAGAAGAUGAAGCUGAGGAAGGGGAACGGAGGCUGGGGCGACGUCCGCGACCACGAGCUCUGCUGGAACAUUACCAUGUACCCAGACCUGGUGUUGCCUUAACCCUUCGGAUGCUCUUCCACCGGGACGAGAAGAUGGCCGAGUACUUUGUGAUAACGGCGCAGACUCCAGGAUGUCACAAGAGUCCUCGGAUCCGACUACUUCGGAGUCUCUACGGGUUGAAAAUGGCCACUUGCAGACACUCGGGGUCGACUUUGACCAAGCUCGGGAAAGUCGGGGGAUUUUCGAGGGAAGAGAAAUCUGGGAGCUGCCCUCGGCCUUUUUUCCUGGCCGGAUUUAAAUCGUUAACUCAGGAAGGCGAGCGCUGCUCCCGGGUUUUUGGAAUGCUCCAAGAGAAGGCUGGCGAAAAUCCUGGAGAUUAUAUAUAUAUAUAUAUUAUGGCUAGCUAGCAGGACGGGAAAAAUUGGAGGUAACGUGGAAAAUUGCCGGGACUUUCGCCGCACUCUUGGGAGGGCAAGGACUAGGUAGUCGCGUGUAUCGAAAUCGAGGUGAUAGUCUUCUAGACCUUCCAGUGACGCUUAAAUAGGUUCUACGUAGGUCGAGGCGGGCGUUAAGCCGCGCCUUAAAUUAAUCCCGAUUAAUUAAGCGGUGAUAUUCGUACGUGAGAUGUAUUCGGUGGUCGGUACGGCUUUCGAGGGACCGAACCGCUCGUGAUAAACGUACCGAUGGACACCAUGUGCAAGUAGUUGCGAGCUGAGCCUAAUGUAGUUGUGGCGAACGAAACACCCUUGACCGAUCGCUGGGCGAUUCGGUGAUCGGUGCGAGCCAAAGGUACACGACACGUUUUGUUACUUAAGGUUUCCUACGUAUACAGGCCGCGGCUGGUAGAAACUUUCGAAAGAUCCGAUCGAAUGUGGAUUUCGCGUAAUCCGAGUACUAGCGAGGGGGGCCUCGGGAGAGUAAGACCUCUCGUUCUCGUUCCUUAGGCUUAUCAAACUUUUGUAGUCUUCGUCCUCGUCCCUUAAUCUCUCUUUAUCGCUUCCUCUGGAAGACGGCCGAAGUCGCCUUAGUUAGUUUCUUAAGUUAUGUGAUCGUUGAAGCGGUCAUUUAGUUUCAAUUGUACUUGACCGCUGGGUAGGAGAGACAUUCGGGUACUUAUUUUUCACUUAAGUGCAAUCGCAUUCUUCGCGUCGAUAAAUCGCCGUCGAUUCGUCGUCGCUACGUGACCAUGCAUCCCUCGAUCGUUACUGCUAAGUAGCCGCGAUUCUCCGUUCACGUCGCUAAUGCAAAAACCAAAAAUUAUACCCAAUAGGUCAGAGAAACCAAUGAACACGGUGCUCCCUCUUGCGCGUCUUUCGCGGGUCUUGCUCGACCUUAAUUCCUAAUCGCCGCGAGUAGUCGGCAACAAAGCUUACGAAUUUCUGCGGCAAUUCGAGUAAAGAUCCGUGGACCCACGAGGGAGUAAACUAUCGACGGACUUAGCCGAUAGGGAUAUUUAUUUAACUCCAAGCGUCGCGUCUUCGGAUACUCAAGACCGUAUCCAGUUUUUCGUAUGCUUAACGAACUUGGAUUUUCUCGAGACUUCGUAACGAUCGGAUAAGCACUAUUAAUUAGAUUUUUCACUAAAGAGGACUCUGCUACUCGUUAAAGAAAUUCUUCUAUCUCGAAUAUUCGCGUUUUCGGACACUUCGAGUCCGUCUGUCCCGCUGAAAUUUCUCGCGUCUAAUCUAAGUCUCCUUUGCCAUCAAAAUUGACAUUCUCUAACUCGUCGUAGCGUAUGGAAACACUAUAAUCGAGUCGCUUGUCGGUAUAAUGGAAAAAAAAAAAACACUCGUUUCUUUCGCUUGGUCGUUGAAUCGUCGAAAUAGCCGCAAAUCACUUUUUAAACCGAGACGCACACAUGGUAUUCUAGUCAUCGUAAGUAACGUAUCGUUAACGCUAUUUAAUGUUGGACUGUACGACUUAACGAGAUGGAAGAUCUACCUUGUUAAGGGAUAAGAUCUGUCCGGACAGUGAUCUAAAUUCGUACUUCGCACUCCAGGGGGUGCACGUUCAACGUCGUGUACAGUUUGUAUUUAUUUCGAUACCAACGAGACGCAUUAGAAAUGACUUUAUCGAAGUUUUCAGGACAUCGGGCCGUCGUUCACCCUUUAUAUAGAAGACGAAGUUCCGAAGGAAUUCUCAAAAUAAAUCCCGCGGUGUAUUAACUGGCGCUAUCGAAUCGGACGUUUGAUAA